AUGGAGAAGAAAAUAUUGGUGGGUUUGUUUGCUUUUUGGCUAAUGAUUUCUUUUGUGAGCGUAAACACUACUAGUGUGGCUAACAACAUUUGCACAGAAGCCAUACCUAAAUUGCUCAGCUGCCUCCCAUUCUUGAUAACUACUGCCCCAGCACCAUCUCUUCAAUGUUGUGAAGCUGUGGGAUGGGCAAGCCAACAUGCUACCACCACACAAGACCGUAGGGACCUCUGCAAGUGCUUAAAGAGUGCGGUUCAGGCUUACAAGGUUGAUCCUGACAGAGCUAAGCAACUUCCUGGUUUGUGCAAAGUCCCAGUCCCUGUGCCUAUCGUGCCCACAAUCGACUGCAACAAAGGUGACGCUUGCAUUUCUGCCUUCAAUUAUGAAGCUCAGAAGCUCAUAAAUCACUUAGGAUUGAGCUCACAUCACAAGGUCAAGGAAGCAGAAUCUCAAAGACUGGACACCAUGAAACAGUUAUGGACAAAGCAAACAAUUAUAGAACUUGCAAAAACCCAUGAGAAGCAUAUAAAAAGAAAUCAGAAAGCAGAAGAGGGGUAUGAACAACAAACAAACAAACUGAUCACUUUUGAGAAAGAGGUUGCUUGCAAAAACCACGAAAUCACAAACACACAAGCACAUGCCAGCAAAGACACAGAUGAACAAAAUACCUAUUGUCUUGUUGAGCAACCAGAGUAG